UGAAAUUGCAAACCAGGACGAGGUCGUAGAGAACUAUUUCUGUUUCAUGCUCCGUUCGCCAAGCUGAGUAUUAUUGAUGGUGUACUAGCGACAGUGGUAAAUGCUGGUGCAAGAGCAUGCGAAAUGUGGAAAGGGCUUCGGUGGCAAGUCAUUCAAACGCUAUCAGAAUAAUAUAAAGAUCCAUUGCUUGAUUGGUCAAGAGACAGAAAACAUUUUUACGGGUCUCGUUUCCUGCUGUUCGUAGCAACUGUUACGCAGUUACGUACUUGAGUGGACGUAGUCUAAGGUUUCCGACAGCUGUACCACAGACACGAAAGCAGUGUCAGUAUUGAAAAGAUAUCACGAUAAUCGUGGUAACAACGACAUUUCCGCACCAUCUCUAGUGCCGCCCCGCGGAACUGGGAUCGAUUAGUGCUUUCUGCGAUGUUCUAUUACGAAGGACUACACCUUAGCGUCACUUAUACAGGGUCCAAGACCUAUUUUUAUUACAGCUGCAUUGGCUCAUCGUGUUAUUGGUCCUAUUCUACUUGUCUGAUUCUAUUUUCCAUUUAAGCAUUGGCCGUUUCUUGCUGCGUUUUCAAUAACUUGUUUACGGCCACUACAAGCGACGCAACGGCCGACCGCUGCCCCUGCUGCUAGUAUCACAGGGAAGCCGGGUAGAGCAGUGACGGAAGCUGGCUACGUAGAAUGUCACCACGAUUCUGUUAGUCGUAACAACGCCGGCCGCAGUGGUCAUUCUUAGCGUUUACACAUGAUAGUGGAUAUUGUAGACAGAUCUAACAAAGGGUCUACGAGGCGGAAGGGAAAAUCAACUGCUAGCCAUCUAAUUGUCAGGAAAGCACUUCCAGCUCUGUAUGUUGUGUCAUUUUUAUAGGGUUUCGCUUGUCAUAAUCGCUUUUAUAUCUCAAUAGCUUCGGGGAAGUAAUUUAGAUAAUUUGAUGGUGAUGAUGAUGAUGAUGAUGAUGAUGAUGAUCGGCCCGGAUAAAAUCCGUGAAGUGGAGGUCAGUCACUUAUGACAACGCAAUGGUCAACAGCGGAAUACCGCGUACCGCCCAGCUGAGAUCUUCGUUCACGUCCCAUUCACCAGCUAAUCACGAACAAGACGGAUUGUUUACUGCAUUCAAAUGUAGUACGCCUAAGAAGAAACCUGCACACCCCCUUCCCGGCACGUCUAGGGCCCCUUUGUAAACAUCUGCAAUGGACAUAUUACAUGUUUACGUAUUGCAGUCUAGCUAGCUGAGAGUGUUAAUAGUCCGCGUAGGACGCUCUUGCCUUUCCUACCUUCGAGAACCAUUGUCACCCUAAUAAUAGCAACCACGAAGUUUCAAUGAUUAUAUAUAGGAUAUUAAAGAAAAAUACGUUUGUUCAUUGAAGGAGACUGGUGACUGUGUUUUGACCGACCGGUGCUUGUCUCUGUGUUAUGCUCUGCGUGUUGUGACGCUAAACUUUCAGGGUUUGUAUUUUCGUGUAAAAUCGAUUACUGCUGAUACUACAGAACCAUGCAUAUGUAUAAACGUCUAACGUUCGAGCAAGCGUAAUGCAGUGCCGAUAUCGUCUUUUAUAGGUGAUAGCGUGAAUUGGACGGUGGGUGACUUCUGGGAGACAACAGAAUGGCGCUCUGGUAUAAUUCGGCUAUGAGUUGAGCUACGAACCAAUCAGUAUGACAUGUGAUGCUAAACGGUGGAACAAUCUACCAAGAUUCGUUUUUAAUGUGCCUAAAAAAGCUUCCGGAAAACUCAACGUGAACGGAAGAAAAUUAUACGUCAGUUUAAUUGCUAUAUUGAAUCGCGUUGGUGAUUUGGCGGUAGCUGGUUAUUGAAGUAAGAUACGAAAGUAGUAUACGAUACAUCUGCGGUGGUCAGAAAAGCGGGCCACAUGGCUGUUCGGGCUAUGCCCAUGAAGGGACAUUAGAAAAAGAUUACACCAAGCAUCGUCGUUUGUGCAUUGUAAAAUCCGACUAUGGAAGUUCAAUAGACAUCGACGACAAAAUACUAAAUCAAGUACCCCUUCACCUACCCGCCCUGUAGGAGAAUCAGUCUCCAUAGAUUAUGCCACAUCCUUGGCAGUUGCCUGUUCUUGACGACGCGAUAUACCCAAAGGAAAAUCAACUUGACGUGUGACAAAAAGUAAUGACAUGAGUGAGUGAGUGAGUGAAUUUUUCGCCCUGCGAAAUGUCAUCUGUCACCCGACUAAAAUGUAAACGUAUUAGUCCUUCGGGUGCGGAUCUCCCCUAGAUUAGCAACGAUUAAAGUGAACCGCCAUUUCUUCGUUCAGAGCAAUUGCCCAAUGAAUACCCCUAGCUCUGACUUAAUCACCAUUUGGCACCACUUUCUGCCUAGCGUUUUUGGCUUUUUACUUCUUUGCACAAGAUUAUCAACUCGUUAACUUAAGCCAGCCGUGGGUCAUCAUCAUCCAUUGAAGCGGAUCGGCAAUCAAAAUCAGCGCGUAUACAACAGGCACGAUUUCGUGUGGGGCCUCCCCUUUCAACCCAUUCGAUUGACCGGGGCUGUGUCAACUUGCAAAAGUCAACGUCCACUCACUUCGAUGUCGUACGACAUUACGCGUUAGCAAGUUAAUCACCGUGAGGAGACGUUUGCGGUAGAUGGCGCCACUGAAAAAGAAACCCUACCGAUUUUGUCUUCGUGGCAGUCACUACUUGACUCAUGUGAUACGGCCGUUGUUGUGCUGCUUUAUCAACGCUAAUUAGGCUGUUUGUUUGGGCCCUAUUAAUGAAACCGUCGUGGCAUAAUUCUGCCGUAAGGAGAAGAGACGAUGGAUAAACACAGAGCAAUAGGCGCAUCUUUAUUUCGGUAGCAUAACUGGAAAAUCAAGAGGAAGAGAAGGAACAGUGCAGCCGAAAGCAAAAAAAAAAAUCUGUCUAGGCGAUAACUGUUCUCAACAUAAACAGAUAAACAGGCCGUCAAAUUGAUACAUGUAUAAGGACACGUAGAGAGAGAAUUGCGCUUGUGCUCGGGAGCCAUGUACGGUAGCGUUAGGCGGGCGAACGAGAAUCGUGAUUGCCACGACCAGCAAUUUCGUGCGUCGGGGCUAUUUCUAGCUCUGAUGGCCCCCGUAAUGGCCAUACCAGAGCUUCAGCAAGGCGGUACUCAGGGGUGGGAACUCAGAUCUGUUUCACUUAAUGAACUUUCAAGGCUUGGACUGGCCACCGGCCCAUCAAAUAGGAGACCAAUAUUCCAAAAUAUCGAUGGUGGUCGCUCUCGUGGCCACCACGACGGCCCUCCACCUCGUUUCCAACAAGUUCACCUUCUUAGUGGCGUGCCUGGGGGACCACGCGGACCUCGUGUUUUCCCUGGUACUAAUAUACGCCUGGACAACUUAUUCGCCAGUGCACAAAUCCACCGAAGGCCUCAGGGACCACUUCCGCUAGGGCCUUCUGGAGGGCCCGAACCAAGCCCGAAUCUAAGCGGUCUACGUUUACCGCCCGGGUGGCAGGCCAUCCAAAUUGAUGCGAACCAGUUCAGCUCUAUUGCUUCGGGAAAGCCGGUAAAUAUCCCCGGGCUAAGUGCUGGUGCCGUGCAGACUGACACGUCGCAGCCACAACAUUUCAACCAAGAAAAACUCCAAGGCUCGCAAGGAAUCCGGCUUCUCCGGGGGGAUCCUUCUCAAGGCGGACAGCAAGGCCCGCCGGUCCUGCAACUUCCAAAUAACAAACUUGAGAUCCCACAGAAUAUGCCAACUUACCAGCAUGGUCCGUUCCGUUUUGCACAUGUUUCGGAGGAAGUUCAGCUAAUUGGACAGAAUGGUCAAAAAACAAUUGAGGUUCCGGUCGGCACGGGCCACGAACAAAUUAAACAGGCCGUACAGCAACAGUCUGAGCCACAGACAAAUCCUGUACCAGCAUCUGAAGGAGGUAGUAUCAUCCCAGGGGGAUUACCCGCAGCCAUCCAUCAGUUUCUCAAGGACAACACUCCUCAGUUCCAGCUCCAAGAUGAAGAGGAGGCCAAGCCCGAACAAGGGCAGGCUCAGGCCCAACAAGGCGGCCAGCAAAUAAAUACAUCUCCCGAACAUGUACAGCAGCAUCAAGUCGUUCAUCAACGGUCUCAUGUGCAACAAGCGCAUCCUAUAUCGGUUCACUAUCAGCAGCAACAGCAGCCAUUGCCUGUUUCCCAGGCACUAGUGCAACCUGCCGGAACCCAAGGAGAAUCUAGUCCCAUUGGAAACAUUCCUCCGGGUUGGAAAGUAAUCCGCGUGACGGCUGAUCAGUUGGCCGCUUAUCAACGAGGCGGGCCCGCUCCCUGGCUAAACUCGAAUAGCAAUCAAAACAUUCCACAGCAUCAGCAGCAAGAACAUCCCCCGGAGCAACAUCCCCAGGAGCAACAGCAUUCCCAGCUGGAACAACAUCCCCAGCUGGAACAACAUCCCCAGCUACAACAACAUCCCCAGCUACAACAACAUCCCCAGCUGCAACAACAUCCCCAGCUGCAACAACAUCCCCAGCUGCCACAACAUCCCCAGCUGCAACAACAUCCCCAGCUGCAACAACAUCCCCAGCUGCAACAACAUCCCCAGCUGCAACAACGUCCCCAACUGCAACAACAACAUACGGUUCAAGAACAGCACCAGGGCUCUCCUCAACACAUUGACGUUCCUCCAAGUCCCCCUCCGAUUCAACAUAUUCAACAACAGCAACACGAGCCGAGAGACAACUUCGAAACAUCUGGUCCGCCUGCUCAUCAAGAUUUCCAUGGUGCCCACCAACGACAUGCACCUCAGGGGCCGCCUGUACAUUUCCAGCCACAAAAUCAGAUUGCACCUCCCGUGAGGAUCCCUCCUCGUGCCAACGUCAAGGUUGUUUACUUACCUCUUGGAGGAAGCACGAAGACAGUUCAACAUCAACAACCACUUUACCGCGAUGAGCGCCGGGAACAGCAACGCCAGCACGAAUGGCAGUCACCUGUGAUUGAGCACGGAUCAUGGAAGGCUAUUACUCCCAAAUAUAUGCAACACAGUUCGAACGGGGCCUGGAGCAAGCCCGCUGCCAACAAUGGCGGUCAGGCUUACGCUACGAGCGAACGAUAUCACCAAAGAGGUAAUCAUAUUGAGGAGCAUAGACAUGAGCAUCCCCCCAGCAAUCAACAACGUAGCAACUAUAACGGCAGUCACAACGGCAGCAAUCCAGAGGGCGAACGUCACAAUGGGCAACGGGCCCGCGGACUUGUACCCGGGCAGAUUGGCCCGAAAUGGUUCAGCUAAACUAUUCGUGUAUCGCAACUAGGCCUCCUCUGUAAACGAACCAUUAAAGAAGGUCAGCAGCGAAUGGAAAAAGAUGCGCGCAGAUAAAUUACUAUCCAACACAUACUCCAUAGCCCAAUUGACUCAUUCAUGUAUAUCAUAAAAAAUAAUAUAUUCGUCUAAAAAAAAAAGGAUUAUUCUAAAUUUUAAGCGUAAGCAAGGGUCAAGUGUUAAAUUUAUGGCCACUACGGUUAACUGUCACUCGGCAUUAACAGUGAUAAACACCACGCUGACAAUGAAAAGUCCUUACGGUCUUCUUCUAGAUACUCAUCCCAGACAAGUGGGGAUUCUUCCUUUAAAGCAUCUAUAGAAAUAUUCGAUACCUUAGAGCUUUCCGCCACAAAGGCGUGUUAAAGUACCAAGGAGUCUACCCACAUUUCUAAAGCAACAAAUCGACAGAACUGGAUAGGACGAGUUCACCAGGAUCAGCGCGGGUGGGUGGAAAGCUAUAACAAUUCAAUGAAUAUCGUAUGUGUGCAACAGUGUAAGCUGCGGUCAGUGCUAACAAACAACUUCGAUAAAUGACAUUUUAUUUAUACAUACAUAUUCACACCCUUCAUAAUUAAAUUGAAGACAUUUUUGUUGAUCGUAGUUAUUAGUUACUUUGUUCGAGUAUCGAAGCACGCCGCCAGUGCUGAAGACAGCGCUCAAGUUAUUACCAGCCGGCGGAGGCCAAUGUAGAACUUGACCGAUGCUGCCGUCCCCGCUGCCCAUUGCAAGCAACCGGACUUACGUACUUCUUGGUCGAACAAGCGUUCGCUGACGAAACCUUCAGUUAAGGCUCCUUAAAAAAAUUAUAGAGUAUAAUUGUCAAUAAUUAUUUUUGCGCCGAUAGCAGCACUAUUGCGGUUCACUAUUUUGUGUGAAAGGCUCACCUAACAUCGUCUGUCUAACGUUACCUAACGAAUCACACAAUUAAUUAAAUGUACAUAUUAUAUGUGCGUCUGUCUCAAGGGAUGGAAGAAACAUGCCAUGACGUUGUAUUAUUUUGUUUUUGUUUAUUAUACAUAAUAUAUGUGAACUUACCAAAUUGGGGAUAGUUCAUAGAUGUAUGGAUUGCACAGAUCGGCAGGAUUUCCUGAAAAAUGAUUCUUACUUUAUCGGAAAAGUAUCUUCAUCAGUGACCUUUCCUAAUAUUUCCCUUGAAAAAGGUUUUCAUUACUUCCAGCUAUUGUAGACUAAAGUUCGGCCAUAAAAAGGCUGCUUCUGUGAAGCUCGCGCGGCCAAGCACUUUUGUAUAUAUCCACUCGUUGUUUCCGGUUGUGUAUUCGAAUAUCUUACUAAGUUUGAUUUAAUCAAAAUAAAUAAGAAAUGUUUUAUG